CUGAGCUGCGGAAGCUUUCAGAGCAGACUCAGUGAAUCUGCUCUGCAGCUCUGGCGAGCGGCAGUCACUCCACACAGAGGACAGCGUGCGUCUUUAGUUUGACGCUCCGGGAAUUAACACACACUCAAGAUCAAACACCUUGAUGAGAAGGGUCAAGCUAAAAUUCCCUUCGGACUUUUGACGUUUAGUCUAAGAAAAUCUCAGUGAGAAGGAGAGGCGCAUCUGUUAGUAAUUAUGGGAUUUACACCUUUCGUCUUCGACAAAGUUGUGGUUGCGCUGCUUGUCACCAGCAUCUGCGCGACCAAAAUGAACGUGCCGCGCCUGAGACUCUCCUAUAAAGACCUGCUGUCCACCAACAGGUCGUCCAUCUUUAGCGGCCAUGACGGCCAGCUCUCACUCAGCGCUGUCCUUCUUGAUGAGUACCGUGAUCGGCUCUUUCUGGGAGGUAAAGAUGUCCUGUACUCUCUCAUGCUGAGUCCUGUCAGCAGUGAAUCCAAAGAGAUCUACUGGCCCCCGUUACCUGGAAACAGAGAAGACUGCAUUCAGACAGGGAAGGAACAGACGGAGUGUGCCAACUUUGUUCGCCUCCUGCAGCCGUACAAUCGCACUCACCUAUUGGCCUGUGGUACCGGUGCAUUCCAGCCCAUGUGUGCCUUUAUCUAUGUGGGCCACAGAGGAGAGCACGUGUUCACCAUGAACCCACUGAAUGUGGAGAGUGGACGAGGAAAGGUUCCACAUGACCCCAGCUUUCCGUUUACAAGCACCUUUAGCGGUGGUGAGUUAUACACAGGACUGACCGCAGAUUUUCUUGGAAGAGACUCUGUGAUCUUCAGGAGCAUGGGAGGUCGCACCACCAUGAGAACAGAGACUGAUCAGAAGCUUCUUCGUGACCCUCGGUUCAUCGCUGCCCACCUCAUCCCGGAUAACGACGACAGGGACGAUGAUAAAGUGUAUUUUUUUUUCACUGAGAAGGCCUCAGAGGGAGGGGACAAGGAGGAGGCCAUCCAUACACAAGUUGGACGAGUGUGUGUGAAUGAUGUUGGAGGACAACGAGUUCUAGUCAAUAAGUGGAGCACGUUCAUAAAAGCCAGGCUGGUCUGUUCUGUUCCUGGGCCUCAUGGCAUCGACACACACUUCAACCAGCUUGAGGAUGUGUUCCUACUGCGGACCAAGGAUGAGAGAAACCCGGACAUCUAUGCAAUUUUCAGCACUAUCAGUAAUGUUUUCCAGGGUUUUGCUGUAUGUGUUUACCGUAUGGCUGACAUCAGAGAAGCUUUCAAUGGGCCCUUUGCUCACAAAGAGGGCCCUAACUAUCAGUGGGGCCCCUAUGAAGGCAGGAUGCCUUAUCCAAGACCAGGAGUUUGCCCAAGCAAAAUCACCAACCAGCCCGGCAAAGAGUUUGGCAGCACGAAGGACUUCCCUGACUCUGUGCUGCAGUUCGCCCGCAGCCACCCUCUGAUGUGGCGCCCGGUGCUCCCGGCACUUCGCCAGCCUGUGCUGGUGAAGGCCAACAUUCCUUACAAGCUGAAACAAAUUGUGGUUGACAGAGUGGAGGCAGAGGAUGGGCAGUAUGAUGUCAUGUUUAUUGGUACAGAUGUUGGAACGGUUUUGAAGGUAAUUUCCCUACAUAGUGGAAACAGUCUGGAGGCAGAGGAGGUCACACUGGAGGAGCUACAGGUCUUUAAAGUACCAAUCCCAAUCACUUCACUGGAUAUAUCUGUGAAAAGGCAAGCCUUGUAUGUGGGCUCUGCAGCAGGCGUGGCGCAGGUGAAGCUGCAUCGCUGUGAGACGUAUGGGAAAGCCUGUGCUGAGUGCUGCCUUGCCAGAGAUCCUUACUGUGCAUGGGAUGGAUCCUCCUGUGCACGAUUCGUUCCGAACAGCAAACGUCGCUUCCGCAGGCAAGACGUCAAACAUGGAAACGCGGUGCUGCAGUGUGUGGAUCAGAACGUUAGCGACUUGGACGUGACUGAGGACAAAGUUGUGUAUGGGACGGAGAAAAACAGCACCUUCCUAGAGUGUGUCCCUCGCUCGCCGCAAGCUUCCGUCACCUGGCUUGUCCAACGCGAUGACCGCAAGGAAGAGGUGAAGCUGGAUGAUCGUGUGAUGUCAACAGAUCAGGGUUUGUUGUUUCGUCAUCUCUUCCGUCAGGACGAAGGUGUGUACAUCUGCCGCUCCCGAGAGCACAGCUUCAGCCAAACCCUGGCCCGCAUCUCCCUCCAGGUCCUCCAGGCGGACACGGUGGAUGAGCUCAUUGCCCGUGACAUUGCGGGCAUUUCUGACGGGUUCAAAGACCGGUCUCCAGGGAACCACAGGCCCUGGAUGCCUUGCAGCACAGGGCCUUACAGCAGGGGUCAAAUCGGCCAGUCGCGCACGUGGUUCAAGGACAUCAUGCAGCUCAUUGGGCCGUCUAACCUUCCUCACGUUGAGGAGUACUGCGAAAGAAUGUGGUGCAACGACAAGCUCCGGAGGAAGCACAAGAGCAUGCUGGAGAAAUACCGCCAAGCUCAGGAGAGUGCCAGGAAGGCGCGCAGUAAAGGCUCCGGAGAACGCAACCGGACGCCACGAGAUCUCAGAGGACGGCCAGAGUAACACAGGAGAAAAUGAAAGAUUCGAAAUCAAAGAGAAAGAAAAAGAUUUUUUGUUUUUGGUUCGGGUCAGGUUGGUUUUGGGAGCCAAUUAAAAGCCUGACCUAACCAAUCGGUGUAUGAGAAUCUGGUCUGUUUUUUGCCAUAAAAUAAAUAGAACGUUUUCAUUUAGAAACAAAGAAAAAAGAUGAAUUCAUUAAUUUGAGUGUUUGACGGUGAGCGAGCGAUUUUAAUAAAGUUCAUAGGUGAAGGACAUGAACGUGUCUGUAAGUAAAGACUGAGAUGUUAUUAGCACAUGGGAACAAGAGACUUUUAUACUGAACUAUAUAUUACAGUAUAUCCCUAGGAUGCUCAAGUGAGAGUCUUCAAGAAUUUCUUCACUUGCAUCAUUCUGUUUUUAUGUUACAGUGACAAAUUUUAUCACAACCUUCUACGCCAAGAAAACUAAGAAAACAGCAAACUUGAGAUUUAUAAGAUUUGUGCAUGUCGGUGUGAUUUUGCUUAGCGUGGACCUUGCUUCAUGUUUGCUAUUUAUCCUUAGUGACUCUUAUGACACUUAAUGUUUUGUGGAUAUCAAGCUUUUCAUUGCAAUUUGGAAGAACAUCUGAAAUUCUCCUGCACACACUUUCGUAUUAGCACACGUCCUUUAAACAUUUAAUCCCUGGGUGAGUUUUGUUCCAUUAUACAUUUAAUGAUUGAUAUUCUAUGCUCUUCAAAAACUCUGAUUAUCUGAAAUUUCACUCAGCUACAACACUGAACGCAUAACCUCAAGUACCUAAAGAUGACAUUUUCUGAGACGACUGUUGAUGGUUCAACGGAUCAAAGACACAUGGUUUCAUUCUUACUGCCGUGGGCUGAACUUUUCUUUAAACACAAGAUAAAAUCAAAAGACCCAACUUGCCGACACAGAGAUGGAAACUUCUCUGUGUCAAUUGUUUGGGUAACAGACUGUAACAGACUGUAGGAGACACAGGAAGACCAAAAAGUGUGUGAACGUCGUGGAUGUGCGGCCAAAUACGGAUCCCACCGAGCACGGAGAUGUUCUGCAUAUCUUUUGGUUCCUGUGGAAGGGAUCGCCAGCUUUGGACCUGGCUUUGCGGGCCUACAGUGAUAUGGACCCAGUAUGGGGCAGAUAGAAGGGCGUUGAAGCCCGAGUCGGUUCUUUUGGUUUUUAAAUGACUUUGUGACCAGCUCAUUGUCCAGUUGCAUGGAGCUCUUAGAACACAGUUGUUGCCAGUCGGCUCCAGUGUUUAGAUGGACGUUACAUUGUGUUUUGUUGCUUUAUUGCAUUACACAUGAGGCAAUGUUAUUUAUAUAUCGCUAAGGGUUUUGGCAUAAGAGUCGCAGAUCAUUCCGCAUGCUUAGGAACCCUAUUCAUCACAAUGAAAUUGUUUUUUUUUUCUCUCUAAUUGCAUUUUUGAAAAAUCUGUCUUCACAAUUUUUGCUUUUUUUAGCUAUUUUAUGCAGUAACAGUUUAAUCUUGUCCAUCAUGAGGCAUGAGGGACUUUUUCCAUAGAACGGUGGUUUCUUAGGUCAUUUCUUUUCCUCCUUUCUGUUGAGCUCCUCAGAGUCAUGACAAGAAACCAUAACUCUCAAGGUUUUUGUGCUUUCUGUUGUGUAAAUACUAUUUUUAAAAUGUUACUUUUAGAGCAAUUCUUUAUAUAUUUUCUGUUGUGUAUUUUUUAUUUUAUUUUUUUAUAUGAUUUGUGGGCUUAUAUUAACUGGAAUUAGCACGGAUCCACCACUAUAAAGUAAGCAUACAUUAAAAGUGGAGUAGCAGGGAUAGAAAAUUAAAAUAAAAAAAAUCUUUGAUAUGAUAAAAAAGUAUUUGGAAUUGAAAUGUCAUCCACUCAAAUCUGUAGCAGUAAAUUAUGUUUUGUAAAAUUUCUUUCCCUUUAAGAAAUGUCUUAUUUCUUUCAUCUUUAGUUCACUUCAGUUCCAAUAUGUGGGGGAAAUGCCAGGAAAGAUGCAUCUUUGUUGUGCAUACAUGAAAAGGAGAUUAGGACUUAAAAAUGCAUUAAAGAAUUUAAAUACAAAAUCCUUUAAAAUUAUUUAGGUAUGAUUUUUUUUUAAAGCAACACUGUGUAUACAUGAAUAACAUUAAUUACAAGUAUGUGUGAAAACUUUUUGGCUCAAGUGCAAAACCCUGACGAACUCCAUGGCAUGAAGAUACCAAACAUCACAUAAAUGUAAAUAUAAAGAAGAUCCUGUACUAAUUGUGUUCCCUUUUUUUAUGAGAAAAAAACAUAAUACUGAUUAGCUUUGUGGCUUCACUGAGUGAAUGGUUUUUCAAGGUGAAAUAGAAAAAAAUUGCUAGGUAAGAACAGAGGAAGGUGUUAAAAUGGUUUCUUUAAAAAGGUACUGAAAGCAUCUAAUGCAACUCUUUUUGAAACUUCUAAAAUUCUUACUUUUUUAUAUUCUGAAUUACCUACAAACUAUUCCUUUAUAUUGACACUUUGUAUUCUGGUAUGUAGAGCACAAGAAAGCACAUAAAAUACCCUAAGGCUUGUUCUAAAUAUCGAUCGGUGUGUGUGUUCCUGAACUACAAAAAAAUAGAAAAGAAAAAUUGUAAUUAAAUAUUGAAUAAGUUUAGUUGAUGUAUUUGUUGGAUCUUUUGAUUCUUGAUUUAUUGCCAUCAAAUAACCUAAUACCUGUUUAAUUUGUAACCGUUAAAAUAAUGUUUGAACGUGUUUAAACUGAAUUUUCUAUUUUAAAACAGAUCUUGACUAAAUCAACACUUAACUCUGAUACUCAAGUUGUGCAGUUGUUGACAUGAACAAAUCUAGUUGUCUUUAUUUAACAGUGAUUUUUAUUUUUUUUUUUUUACAGUUUAAUAAGCAGUUUUAUUUUGAUAUUUUACUUUUAAGCUUGUUUUCUUCUCCAGAGUUAGAAGUUCAUAGAAAAGUCUGUAUUUAAAACUGAAUGCAGAGUUUUAAUAAAGAAAAGAAAAACUUGUAUUAAAAUGAACUUUGUGAACAACUUUGUAAGCUGGUCAACGGGUGUUAGAGGGAAAUUAAAUAUGUAUUUAUGUUUUAUUUAAGUCUGUUUCUACCAUGCAUGCUACAAACUUGUAUACUGUUUAAAACAAUUAAAGGUUGAUUGUUUUUAAAUCAAA